AGAUGGGCUCCUAUCCCCUGUUCCAUGAUGGAGAAUUCCUUGGGUCCCUUCCCGCUUUUCCUUCAACAGAUCCAAUCUGAUACAGCUCAAAACUACACCAUAUACUAUUCCAUCAGAGGCCCAGGAGUUGAUAGAGAACCUCUAAACUUAUUUUAUGUGGAAAGAGAUACGGGAAACCUGUAUUGCACUGGUCCCGUGGAUCGUGAGCAGUAUGAGUCCUUUGAGCUGACAGCGUUUGCAACAACUCCAGAUGGGUAUACGCCUGAGUACCCGCUGACCCUCAUCAUUAAGAUAGAGGACGAGAAUGACAACCACCCGAUUUUCACAAAGACAACAUACAGUUUCACAGUUCUGGAAAACAGUGCAGUUGGCUCUGUCGUGGGAGAGGUCUGUGCAACUGACAGCGACGAGCCUGAUACGAUGCACACAAGGCUGAAGUACUCCAUCCUGGAGCAGUCUCCGUCACCACCCACUUUGUUUACCAUGCAUCCCACUACGGGUGUGAUCACGACCACAUCGUCUCAGCUGGACAGAGAGUUAAUUGACAAAUACCAGUUGAAAAUAAAAGUGCAGGACAUGGAUGGCCAGUAUUUUGGCUUGCAGGCAACAGCCACCUGCAUCAUCACUGUCGGAGAUGUGAACGACAACCCGCCAACCUUCACUCGCACUGUGUAUGAGACAUCAGUGGAAGAAAAUACAAUUGAUGUGGAAAUCUUACGACUUCCUAUCCAGGAUAAAGAUUUAGUUAACUCUCCUAACUGGAGAGCUAAUUACAACAUCUUAAAGGGCAAUGAAAAUGGAAACUUCAAAAUUGUAACAGAUCCCAAAACCAAUGAAGGCAUUCUGUGUGUGGUUAAGCCUCUGAACUAUGAAGAACGAGAACAGGUGACCCUACAAAUUGGUGUCGUUAAUGAAGCCCCAUACACUAGAGAGGCUACUGCAAGGUUACCCAUGAGCACAGCUACAGUGACUGUCACCGUGAAAAAUGUGGAUGAGGGCCCCGAGUGUAUCCCUCCAGUCCAAACUGUGCGGAUUCGAGAAAAUGUGCCAGUUGGAACCAGAAACAAUGGGUAUACAGCGUACGACCCUGAGACCAGAAGCAGCAGUGGCAUCAGGUACAGGAAAUUAAGUGACCCAAGAGGGUGGGUCAUGGUUAAUGAAGACUCAGGAUCAAUCUCCAUUUCCCGAACCUUGGAUAGAGAGGCUGAGACUGUCCGAAAUGGCAUUUAUAAUAUUACAGUUCUUGCAUUAGAUGCAGCUGGGAGAAGCUGUACUGGAACUCUGGGAAUUGUUCUUGAAGAUGUGAAUGACAAUGGCCCCUUCAUCCCCAAGCAGACGGUGGUAAUUUGUAAGGCCACCAUGUCCUCCGCUGAAAUUGUUGCAGUUGAUCCUGAUGAGCCAGUGAACGGCCCACCAUUUGAUUUUAGUUUGGAGAGUACCGAUUCAGAAGUACGGAGGAUGUGGAGAUUGACAAGGAUUAACGAUACAGCGGCUCGUCUGUCCUAUCAGAAUGACCCUUCAUUCGGAUCCUACGUAGUUCCUAUUCGAGUCACGGACAGACUCGGUCUGUCCUCAGUCACUUCACUGAAUGUCCUCGUUUGUGACUGCAUCACUGAAAGUGACUGCACAGCCCGCUCAGGAGAAAGGACCGGCUAUGCCGAUGUGAGACUCGGACCAUGGGCUAUUCUUGCUAUACUGUUGGGCAUAGCCUUGCUGUUCUGUAUCCUGUUUACGUUAGUCUGUAGUGUCUCCCAGGCAACGAAGCAGCAGAAAGUUAUUCCUGAUGAUUUAGCGCAGCAGAACCUAAUUGUAUCCAACACCGAAGCUCCUGGAGAUGACAAAGUUUAUUCCACAAACAGCUUCACAACUCAAACGGUUGGAGCUUCUGGGCAGGCAGCUUUGGGAAUGACGGGAGCAGGAGCCAAAAGUGGAGGGCAAGAGACCAUUGAGAUGGUGAAAGGAGGACACCAGACCUUAGACUCCUGCCGCGUGGCCGGCCAUCACCACACCCUGGAUCCCUGCAGAGGAGGACACGUGGAGGUGGACAACUACAGAUACACUUACUCUGAGUGGCACAAUUUCACGCAGCCCCGACUUGGUGAAAAGGUGCAGUUGUGCCAUGAGGAUGACAAUCAGACGCUCGCUCAAGACUACGUCCUCACGUACAGCUAUGAAGGAAGAGGCUCGACCGCUGGCUCUGUAGGUUGCUGCAGUGAGCAACCGGAAGAAGAUGGACUUGAGUUUUUGGACAAUUUGGAGCCUAAAUUUAGGACAUUAGCAGAAGUAUGCACAAAGAGGUGAAGAACGCCUACCAGGAUAACGAAACUAAUGGAUUGAUUACUUUUUCCUACCUGCUUUUAAAUAUAAACUAGGCUUUUUCAGAAAAGAAGAUAUUGUAUUUGGGGCUCUCCCCAUGGCCUGCCUUGGUCUGCAGAAUCUCUAGAAAUGCACAUUUACAGAAAGACCUUGGACUUUAGUACAUUUGAGCUUGAAAACCAUUCUGCAUGGGUUUAAUUACUUCCUUCUUACCCCGGUGUCAUCUAUAGGAAAAUCUUCAAGGAAAUUUGCAUUAUUGUUUACAUUGGGCAUAAUGACAUCAACCAACUUAUUCUGCAAUAAAAUUCAAUGGAUCUGAAUCUAUUUAUGGACUACUUGACCUAUACCCCAAUUGGAGACUGUAGAAACCGUUAUUUCCAGCUAAUGGGUUAAUUGAUUUUUCAUAUGGUGCUUGGGAACUGUUGUUUUCCCAAACAUUCUAAACUGUAUAUACUGUGUCUUACAUUUGUUGUAUUCUCGUAGCAUGGCUUGACUUCCUAGUACGAAGGUGGACUGCCAGAGUGUGUUUAUUGUUCCAUUCCAGUGGGGUUUGCUUUUAGGUUCUAUUCUGGGUGAAAUCCUGCACUGAA